AUGCUGUGAAGGCAGUAGAAUGAGUUCUUUAGGAUAGCGGGGAAGUAUUGAUACUGACGGCAUUAGUCGUACCGGUAGCGCAGACAGUUAAGUAGGAGCCGUGUUUUGUUCUUUGUAGCAUGUUGAUUGCCUUUUUGGCCGCGACGGGUUAAUGCUUGACUUACAUUAACGGAUUCUAACGGCUGAGGAAACAAGUAAAAAACGGCAGGUGGAAAGAUAUGUCUGUAGUUGUUGACAGCAGUCGAGACAAAAUAAGCAGCAACAUGGGCGAGCGGUGUGGGGCUGAUGUGAACUCUAAUGAAAUCAUUAUGGGUUCUACGGGGGACAAGCAGCUUGAUACUGCCAUUUGGCAGUGGUUACAAUGGGACAAGAAUCCUAAAACCAAAGCCCAAAUUGAAAGCUUGCUGAAGAGUGGCAAGAACAGGGAGCUGCGUGAACGACUUUGCAGCAGAAUGAAAUUUGGAACUGCUGGCCUUCGUUCCAGCAUGGGGGCAGGCUUUAGCUGCAUUAAUGAUCUCACUGUAAUACAGUCUACGCAGGGUAUCUGUAGGUAUCUGCAGACACGGUUUUCAGAUCUCCAGAAGAGGGGUGUAGUUGUUGGAUAUGACACUCGUGGGCAAAUGAUGAGCAACUGCAGUAGUAAGAGGUUUGCUAAACUGACUGCAGCUGUUCUUUUGAGCCAGGGCGUACCAGUGCACUUAUUCUCCACAUAUGUUCCAACACCAUUUGUGCCCUUUGCUGUUCAGCAACUCAAAGCAACUGCUGGCAUUAUGAUCACAGCUUCCCACAAUCCUAAAGAGGACAAUGGUUACAAGGUUUAUUGGGAAAAUGGUGCUCAGAUUACGUCUCCGCAUGAUAAAGAGAUAUUGAAGUGCAUUGAAGAAAAUGCUGAACCAUGGAAUGACUCUUGGAAUGAAUCUCUUGCUGAUACCAGCUCUUUAUUGCAGGAUCCUCUAAAGGAAAUCUAUAACAGAUACCUAGAAAAUGUGAAGGACCUUUGCUUUCACAGAGAGCUGAAUAUGAAGACGACUUUGAGAUUUGUUCAUACAGCAUUUCACGGUGUGGGUCACGACUAUGUACAGUUGGCUUUCAAAGCAUUUGGCUUCGCACCUCCUAUUCCAGUUCCUGAGCAGAGGGAUCCAGAUCCAGAUUUUUCUACUGUCAGAUGUCCCAAUCCAGAAGAGGGAGAGUCUGUCCUGGCAUUAUCUUUAAGACUCGCAGAGAAGGAAGGUGCUACAGUUGUUUUGGCAACUGAUCCUGACGCAGACAGGCUGGCAGUUGCUGAACAGCUUGAAGAUGGUAGAUGGAAGGUCUUCACUGGAAAUGAAAUGGCAGCCCUGUUUGGUUGGUGGCUGCUUACGUGCUGGAAGGAGAGUCAUCCACAAGGAAAUGAACUGAAGAAUUGUUACAUGUUGGCAACAACUGUCUCUUCAAAAAUAUUACAAACAAUUGCACAGAAAGAGGGAUUUCAGUUUGAGGAAACUUUGCCUGGCUUUAAAUGGAUUGGAAACCGAGUGGAUACUCUGAUGAAUAAUGGUAAAACAGUGCUUUUUGCAUUUGAAGAAUCUAUUGGGUUCAUGUGUGGAACAGUUGUGUUGGAUAAAGAUGGAGUGAGUGCUGCUGCAGUAGCAGCUGAAAUGGCUGCUUUCUUAAAGAGCAAAAACAUCACAAUGACUCAACAGCUUAACCGAAUAUAUGAGAUGUAUGGUCACCAUAUUUCAAAAACAUCUUAUUUUGUAUGUAACGUACCUGCAACUAUAGAGAAGAUGUUUGAACGCCUUCGGAACUUUAAAAACACAAACAGUUACCCAACAUCCUGUGGAAAAUAUGCAAUUAAACACAUACGGGAUUGUACUACUGGGUAUGACAGUAGCCAGCCUAACAGAAAAUCUGUUUUGCCAUUGAGUAAAAGCAGCCAAAUGAUCACCUUCACUUUUGAGAAUGGCUGUGUUGCCACCAUACGAUCAAGUGGUACAGAACCAAAGAUAAAGUACUACACAGAAUUUUGUGCUUCCGCUGGACAGAGUGACACAACCUACCUGGAAAAAGAGCUGACAAAUCUUGUAAAUGCUUUAGUCGAAAACUUCCUUGAACCUGUCAGGAACAGCUUGAUUUGGCGCUCAGUUUCAGAAUGCUGAAGACUGCUACCAUAGAAGUUCUGCUCCCUGUGCAGGAAAUGGAACAAAGGAACCAAAAGACCACUUUGAAAUGUUUAAAAAGCACUUUAUGUAAUGGCUCUGUAUUAGAUGCAGCACUCCUGAUGAAUAUUUAAAAGCAGCAGUUAUUUUGCCACUUUAAAAACAAACGCACUACUGGAAGCUUUGCUUGAAACCUCAGCCAGACAUUUUCUGUGCCUGUGUGCUGUAGCUACAUCAGAACACUAAAAUAUUUUCUCUGCAUUAUCCAAAGUAAAUGACCUGCAUUGUACUGUGGCAAAAAUGUUUUAGCUCAGAAUUAACUGUUGUCUUUGUUGUGAAGCAUUAAAAAGACUGUUGCUAUAAUUUAUGAUCACUUACAAAUUUCAGUUGUAAUGGCCAGAUCCACUCACCAAAGUACUUUGUAAACAACCUCAUUUUUAUGUGCAAGAGUAGUAGGAUUAUUUAUUUUAUGCUAUAUGCCAUUGUUGAGUUCUCUUCUUAUGUAGUAUGGUAUAGCAAGCAGCAUUAGUUUUGUUAAUUUCUGGUGUUUUUCAGUAGCAUAGUGUAUACAGCAUGGCUGUAGUUUGUAAUGGCAUGCAGUUUUCUACCACAUUUCUGGUAGCUGUAUCAUGAAUUGAUCAUAUAACUGUCUCUCUGGCACCAGUGAAUUUGCUGCUUUCUUGAUUGUUUCAGUCUUAUUUUGCAGUCUUUGACAGUGGUUCAUAAAUUUUAAUUUGUAAAGUUCCAGCGUUAUAAGUACUUGCACCGCUGCUUAUCAGAAUUAUUGACAAGGUUCAUAAUGCUUCCAUAUUCUCUGGAUGUCAUUUUUAAAAAUGUCCAUUGCUAGAUAUGCUGUCCUGCAAAACUGUGCAGAUUUGUUUUCAUGUAUAUAUUAUUUAUAAGUUUUAAUGUGCAGUUGUUUGUUUUCAGUUUGUCAUAUUCUAGUUAUGCAAUAGUAUUGCACUAAAGAUUCUUAGCAUUUUUAUCUGAUACCAUAGAUUUUUUUCUUUACUAGCAGUACUGCCAUCUUGAGUAACCAAGGCUUAGUCUAUCAAGUACCUGUGGAGUGUUUCUUACAUUUGUUAGACUUUAUGUUCAAAUGUACAGUCUAUGUUAUGCAUUUCUUCUGUUUCUUUAUUUCUUAAUCAUGUCUGUUAUUGCUUUGACUUUAUCUUUUUUGUGAUGUAACAUUUAAAUAAAAGCUGCCCAUUGUUUUUUC